AUGGCCGAGAGGUUUAGCCAAUUAAGCGACAUAGAGAAACGCAAGAAAAGCUACAACCUUUCCAAGUUUCUAGCCAAGAAGAUGAGCAAAGAUAAGAAGGAUAAUUUCAACAAAUUCACAUUGAAACUCUUAGAGAUGGAAUAUUCUUUGGAACGGCGUUUACCGAAAGAUCGUCUUCAGCUUCUUCUUUCGAAUUGUGGUGGUAUUCCUCCUAAGCCAUUGAUCAAUUUAUCAACGUCGCUAGUUGAAGAUCAUAGCCAUAACAAUGGAUAG